UUUCGAUGCAUUCUGUGAACAAAUUCAUAGCCUUAAGAGAGAUUUUUGUAUCAGCAGUAACUUUCUUCGUCAUGCCUUCUGUUAUCACCACCGAGGAAAACGAAAGUGAUCAGGUACCCAUGAUUGAUCUUUCUUUCCUUAGGAAUGGGCUGGGUCACAACGCUGAAGAACUCAUGUUGGCUAAAGUGAAAAAGGCUUGUCAAGAGUGGGGAUGUUUUUUGGUGGUGAAUCACGGAAUAGAGGAGAACAUAAUCACCCAAAUGGAUUCAGCGACCAGAGAGACAUUUAAAGUUUCCAGAGAAAACAAAGAGAAAAUUCAAGGGGAAUUCGGGUACAUUCCCUCCAUGCCUGCACUGCCCUUUCUAGAGAUUCUCCCUGUCAACGGAGCCCCGGAACCCCAUGCAAUCCAAAAGUUUGCCCAAGAGCUGUGGCCUCAAGGAAACCCUAAAAUCUGCAAAAUCAUAGAGGCGUACACUUGUCGCAUUGAGGAGCUCACAAAUGACAUCAUAAAAGUAAUAUUUAAGAGCUUUGGGGUAAGCAAGUACUACGAAUCACAAAAGUUCUGGGGGCUCCUUCGCAUGAACUACUGUGACGUGCCUGAGGAAGCAAGAGGAGGAUUGGGUUCCCAUACAGACCAUAACUUGAUAACCGUGAUAUACCAAGAUAACAAUGGUGGGCUUGAGCUGAAGAAUAAAGCAGGAAAGUGGGUGGCCUUGAAGGCUCCGUACAACUCCUUUGUAGUUUUGACGGGUGAUUCCAUCAAGGCCUGGAGUAACGGACGGAUUCACAGUGGAAUACACAGAGUCCUGAUAACCAGUAAAUCCCAGCGCGUGUCCGUGCCAUACUUUUCCUUUUUUCCAGACGAGACCAUCAUAGAGGCGCCUCCUGAGUUUGUGGACAACAAGCAUUCUCGCCUAUACAAGCCCUUUCCGUAUGGGAAGUACAAAGCUUACUGUAAAGCAAUUAAGAGAGCGAGGUGCGAAAUUGGUGACCUUUUUGAAGGAGAGACUGACGAAGCGUUCCUCGAGAAUUUUCUUGCCUCUUCCACUCCUCAACUGUGCAAUUUUUGAAAAUAUUCAGAUAUGUUACUUUCAUUACUGUAACUUCCAGCUAUAUUGUCGGCAAAGGAAUAAUAGGUAUUAUUGGCAUUGUAAACAUUCAUAUAAUUGCAUAUGUGCUAUUAUAUGGAUACUACUAUAAACUCGAAGAUUAAAUUUUGUGUAUAUGUA